UAGCACAAAGAGAAAAAUGGAGUAGUGUCAGUUGUCAGUAGUGUCGCGAUGUUCGAGUAAAACCAUCUUGUGGUGUUUUAUAUUUCAAAAGGAACGGUUCCAACGGAUCGAAAAAAAGAAGAAAAUCAUGGAAGAAAGAAAUCGCGAGCAUCAUCUUCAUUAUGUCACUAAUAUAUUUCCAGCUAUCCAUGUCGAUUCCGACACUGUGGACACGGCGCCCAACACUCACAUAAAUCAACUGGAUAUUUUCCUUUUGGCUUCUUCCAUACUUAUGCAUAUUGUAGAUAUGUGUUUUGAUUAUAACAUCGCUAUUCGAUACUUAUUGAUUGGCAAAGUGACGUAUUUCACUUGGACAAUUUGCCUUAUCCUAAUUCCCUCUUUGAUAAAUGUUAUAGUCAGUGAAAGGAUGCAACAUCAAGAUAGAGAAAGGAAUCCUGGCAUGGAUCCACUAGAUGAUCAUAAAAUAACGCGUUUAAUGGUCAAAAAUAAAUUAUACUUCGUGAUUGCUGUUCUCUUGCAAUUAGCGCCAGUUGUACAUUAUUGGGAAACUUUAAAAUAUGCAUUAAAAGCGCGUAAAUGUGAGAAAUCUGGAGACCGUACCAGUGAAAGACGAUAUUAUAUGAAGAUGCUCAAAGAAGAUCAAGAUGUUGCAUUGCUAAGGGUAUUUGAAUGUUUCCUGGAAGCUGCGCCGCAACAAAUUCUGCAACUCACUCUAAUAUUAAAGCAUUAUGAUAAUAGGAUUAAUCUUGAAUUUAUACAUCAAAUAAGUAGUAUCGUCAGUUCGCUUGUGAGCAUGGGUUGGGCAAUGGCUAGUUACCAUCGUAGCAUUCGAUUAGCUCAACAAGAUAAAUCGAAUAUUGGUGUUAUAGGAAUUAUUUUACAAUUUUUGUGGCACUUUUGCAUUACAGUGGCAAGGAUCUUAUCACUCAGUGUCAUUGCAAGCAUCUGGCCUGUAUAUACCAUAAUCUAUUGCAUAAUACAUUGGAUAAGUAUGACAAUAUGGAUUUUGAUCGAAUCUCAAGGAAUAUUAGAAUUUUGUCAAACUUACAGUCGUCCACCACAUAUGCAGCCUGCAUUUAAAGAACGCAUUUAUUCUAUAUUAUUUGCCUCAGUUAUUGGUGUAGUUCAUAUUUUCAUAUAUCUCAAUGCUGUGAAUGGCAAUACAUUUUGGAAGCAUAUGUUUUUCUACAUGCUAUGCUUUUUGGAAAAUAUUAUAUCAAAUUUGUUGUGGCAUUAUACUUCUCCUCCUAUAGUUAGAGAAGCUUGGUACUUUAAUGUAUUCUUUAUUAUUUGUAUUGUCUCGUUUUUCCUGGGAAUUGCAGCAAUGGUUCUGUACUAUACUGUUUUUCAUCCCUCAAAAAAGAAUCGUACUCCAAACAGAUCAGUUCAAGCAAUAUAACUUUAGAUAUCUAUUUCUUAUUCAAAAGAGACAGAAGAGAUGAGCUAUAUAAUGUAGCUAAUCAAUCCUGCAUUAUAAUUUUUAUAAGAUUUUAUGACAAUAUAAAGAAUGUGAAUGAAAUUGAAAGAAAUGAAUCUCACUAUCAUAUAAUCAAUACAUUACAUAUAAUUAUAUAUAAUAUAUAUUAUUCUAUAGAAGUCUGUGUAUAUAAUAGUUUCAUUGUAUAGGUCAAUUUUCAAAGAUUUUGUAAAAUGGAUAAACAAAGCCACUUUGAUUAUACUUCCAAGUAUCUUUAAAAUAUUAUAUUUUAAAAAGACUGUGCACACAGAAUUAUUUGUGUAAGACUGCAUGUAUAUAUAAUUGACAGGGGCCAACUACAUAUAACUUUUUAUAUUGGAAUUUUGAUAGGAAUCUUUUUGCUUAAGAGAUGUAAAGAAAUAUAACAUUUCUCAGGAAUAUUUAAAUAAAGCAUAUGAACUCAGAAUAUUCAGAAUACUAUACUAUGUAGUCUAAUUUAUAUGUAAGAUCUACUUAUGUGAUAUUAUUUGAUAAUGUUAAUACUCAAAAAUGUAUGCUCUCACAAUAUUUCAAUAGAUUAACAGAAUAAAUGGAAAACAUAAACAAAAA